UUCAAAGCCGGUAAUACGCGACUCAAGUAUUCGCCGUGAAGAACGUAACGACCGACGCGCAUAGUAACUCGGCGUGAAUAAGUGCGUUGUUUAAGCUGCUUCGGUUUUAACUACGUUAUUCAGUGGAAGAAUAAAGACUACGAGUGCCAGAAUGGAUGAUAAUUGUUCGGGAUAUCGAAAGCGAAUUGGCGAUAAAAGUGUAAAAGUGAAAAGUAGCUGGUAUAUAAAUGGCGCGACAGGAAUGGAUGCUCCCGUCCCACGAAUGCUAUUUGGAAUUUACUGCUUUGUCAAGUCUUUUCGACUCGAGCAUUUAAUUAUCGCACGCAGCACACACCGAAGUCUCUCAUUGUCAAAGCCGGCGGAAUCGAUGGAUUAUUACCGAAAGAAAUUUACAUAACGGAUACCAGCAUUGACGAAGAAAUAUUUAAUUGUUCAAUUUUAUCUUCCUCGCUGCCAUCUUUAUUAAAUCCAACCCAUCUCGUAUCACGUUAACCCAACGCUCUAAGCUGUGGCGAUACGUGCGACCUACUUCGACAUCCAAGAUCUUACAAGAAUGAUCCACCGAAUCUCGUGGCAGGAUUAUCCGAUCUUCCUGAGAACGUCUUAACAGCUAUAUUAAUUAUGGCUGAUCGAGUAUACGUAAUUGGUCGAAGCUUCGAAACAUUAGGUUACUCUGUCAAAUUUAAAUGAGUCAUGCCAGAGGCUAGCCUUGUAUCGAGGGCUACACUUAUGCGGAGGAAGGCGAAAUUGCUCGAGCUGCUGGUGGUCAGAGCUGUAGGGACGAUCGCAGGGAUGAUAGCCAUAGGCGUGAUGGCCGUGGGGAUGAUAAGACCCUUCUUCAAAUCUCUGACCAAGGAAAAUCCCUGCUGAUAACAAGCCUUCAAGAACUGAGAGUGGCUCGAGUCUGCCGGCUGGGAAAACUCUGGGGUUAUGUGCCACGGGCCAAGUACUAAAUUGAAAAACGUGCUGCAUCUACCUCAACGUCACUUUAUUAAGGGAGGAAUCCACCCUUGUUCUGAGAAAUUGGAUGCUGCUCUCUUUAUGAGAAUCCAGAACCGAAGUGAAGGGACUACAAUAUUUCCAUCAGCUGGUCCAUACCCAAGUCACCGGAAGGUCCCAAUCGUGUCUUAAACGGUUCGUGCGGCCUUUGCUAAGUCAUAAGGAAGAAAAGGAGAGAAGAAAGGAUACCGGCGGAGUAGGAGGAUAAGGAGUAAAAGGAUACAGGAGUUUCCCAGCAUCCGAGCGAAGGAAGAUUUUUCUCGCGCGUCUCCUUUGCACGGGGAAAUUUCCCCAGGCUGAUUGGGACAAUUAUGUCAGCCAAGCUAAACGGUACCGGGACGGUAUCACCUCUGGACAGAAUGGCUAAUUUCCCGGCGGACGUCAGCUAACGCGAAGCGCCGGGAAAUAUGUGACGAAUCUCGAAGCCUGACAAACAUGCUGACUGCCGACCUCGAAUCGAACGGCUUUAUCACGACGAACCUGACUGCCGUGCUGCGCCAGGUCGCCUGCAAUGGGACCUUCCUCGACUGCUUCCAGGAGUGCGCCCUGACCCUGGCCAACCGGGAGAGUCACUUCUGCACCGUCGAAUACGGGACUACGCUCUUCUGCAGAGCCUGCGACUAUCUGGACUGCGACCUCAAUGUUUCCCUGGUGCUGAGCGGACUGGAUAAGGUCGAGGGGGUCUUCCUCUCGCAGAUACAAAAGUUUCACGACUGCAACGACUCCGCUGUACUUGGAGAGGUUCUAGAAUGUUCGACGACCGAUAACGUCACUUUGGAUGAAUUCGGGGUGACCUGUUCCCGUGCACCUCGGCCGAGCUGGGUCAUCAAGGGUCGUCGCCUGGACUGGAGCUUCCUCUUCGUUGCCGUCUUCAUAGCUGCUGGCGGUCUUGGCAAUAUACUUGUCUGCCUGGCAGUUGGGCUUGACAGGCGUCUUCACAACGUCACCAAUUACUUCUUGCUGUCAUUGGCGGUGGCUGAUCUUCUAGUGAGUCUCUUCGUUAUGCCGCUUGGUGCCAUUCCUGGCUUUUUGGGCUACUGGCCAUUCGGUGUGGUGUGGUGCAACAUAUAUGUAACCUGUGACGUACUUGCAUGUUCUGCAAGUAUAAUGCACAUGUGUUUCAUUUCCCUUGGACGUUAUCUGGGCAUUCGUAAUCCACUACACACAAGGCAUAUCUCCACGAAGCGACUGGUCGGCUUCAAAAUUGCAGCGGUGUGGCUGCUGGCUAUGCUGGUCUCCAGUUCUAUAACAGUAUUAGGUUUAAUCAACCCCCUGAACAUCAUGCCGGAGCCAGGUCUCUGCGUGAUUAACAACAGGGCGUUCUUCGUCUUCGGAUCUCUAGUCGCCUUCUACAUACCCAUGAUCGUCAUGGUGGCGACGUAUGUACUCACGGUGCAGCUCUUGAGGAAGAAAGCACGUUUCGUCGCGGAACAUCCUGAGAGCGACCAGUUUCGCAGACUGGGGGGUCGCUUUGCGGCAGCCAAAACGUCGACUACCCCGUCGAGGUCUUCCAGAGCUUCGACCUUGUCCACGCGACAUUUGUGGAGAACUUCUGGAAGCAAUGCAUCGAGCAGCAGGGGUACGAGUAUGAGGAUGAGUGUGUCUCAGCCACAGCUAAGCUUUGCGGUGAAUGGUGCCGGAAAUCCGGAACGAACUAGUGCAGCGGUUACGAGGACGAAUGGGAAAGUUGACCAAGGGACUCAAACUCCUGAAAACAUUGCCCGGGAAACACGAAAUUUCACGCUGAGGUCUCUUAAGCUCCAGCUGAACGUCACACCGACAACGCUUAACCUCAGGUUCCUGGCCGGGAGAACGAAAAGAAGAUCACUCGCGGCUAAUGCUGUGGCUACCGAACAAAAGGCCAGCAAAGUCCUGGGAUUGGUGUUCUUUACUUUUGUCCUCUGCUGGGCGCCAUUCUUCAUACUGAAUAUCAUCUUCGCUGCGUGUCCACGCUGCUCUGUAUCGGGACACGUAGUGGACACGUGUCUCUGGCUGGGAUACGUCUCGUCCACGAUCAAUCCAGUGAUCUAUACAGUCUUCAAUAGAACCUUUAGGGCGGCUUUCAUACGUCUGCUCAAGUGCAGAUGCUCCAGGUCAACCAGACCUCCAAGAUAUCGCUCCGUCACCGAGAGCGGACGGGGCGCAAUGGGAUUAUGCACCCCUGGUGCGCUACCAUUGGCUAUCAGUCUUCAGGGCACACCACUGCUCACUCCAACACCUAAUCCUGCUGCUACUCCUGCUUCAGGAAGUUCAUACGUCACAAUGAUGCACCGUACACCAAGUUCUCUCUAUAGAGAUACGUUUCUCGUGCAUGAGCACGAUAAUGACUGCUGAACUUGAACCUCUAGUCUAAAGAUCUUUUUUCUCAAAGGAUUGUUCCACUUUUGCUUUUCAUUUAUUUUUCUCCCUGUGCGUUCGAUAUCCGUGUAUCCUUUACCAUGAGAAUUACUUUUAACAACUAUUCUGUUUUAAAAGACAAAUAGAAAAUGUUAAGGAGCUUCUCUCGAGGUGCCGCUGUACAUUUUCUGUAUUUUUUUUUUUUAUAAAUUAUUUUUUUAAACAAUCUACGAUGCUAUUCAAUUUUCCUACGUAACUCCGCGCAAAAAGAUAUUGAUUGAUCUUCAGUUAACGGCGAUUGUACAGUAAACUCAUUUUUAAAAAAUAUUUUUAACUGUCAAGAAUUGAGUUUCAAAAUUUGCGUGACAAUUUAUCAAUGCUCGUGCUCAGUUUGCAUGGAUGGAAAUGUGCCACAAAGGCUUUUAAGUAAUUUUCGAAAAUUCUCGUUCGACGGAAAAUGUGUAAUGGCUUCCGCCUCUCCAUUGUUCACACGAUUAUUACGUGCCAUUGAUAACAAUAUAAAACUGUUUUAUUCAAUUAGUAUGAUGUAACAAAAGAACAGCACUGUCCACGUUCAUCAAAUAAUAUUUUUAAAAUAUGUCAAUUUAUAUUCUGAAACGUAUUAUUAUCGAACAGGGAAUAUCGGAUGUAAUUUCAAGAAAGAUUUUUUAAAAAUUGCCACUCGUUAAAUCUGUAUUUUCCUAAACCCUACUUUAAUCAAAUCAAGUCGAGCUGCGCUCACUGUGAAUCAUUAUGAAUAAUUAAUGUUUGAAAAGAGACGAACGUAGUGUAAAAAAUAGAUACGAAAUUUACAAGAAAAUAAUUUAUUGAAAAAUUAAAUCAAAGGUACAAUUUCCCCAAGGCACUCCUUUUCGGUUUACGUAUAAUGUGUCCCUUAGAGAUAAGUAACGCGAGGAAGACAAUUCGAAAAGGCAAUUGUCUCAACCAAAGAGUAUUAUUAAGGAUAAUUAUAGUACGAUUCGUCGUAAUGAAAGUUUAAGCUCGACGAAUUUUAAGAAUUAGAUGUAACGAAACGAAAUAAAGCAAUAUUAUCAUUUCUU